UUUGCAUUCUUCUUUAGGAUUCAGCCCUGAUGGAGGCUGAGGAGCCUGACCAUGGAGCAUGUGCACCUGCCCCUGCACUAGAAGACAGUAAAGCUAUCCCUGAAGCUAUCAUGAGGAGCAGUCAGGUCCCUGCCUUGGAGCCUGAAGCUCAAGAAGGCCAAGACCCAUCCUACAAGUGGGCAGAUGGACACAGACCCUUGAUGAGCCAGCCAAAGGAGUUAAGGGUCGUGAGUGAACACCCACCUGAUAGUAUGGGAUUUUUCUUAAAGGAAGUUUCUUCAGAUGUGGGGACCGGCCAGCAAAUCCUUAUGGCUGAGGCCUGUGACACUCUAGGUCAGCAGGAACCAGUAGCCCAGAGCCUUGAAGACAGACUGUCAAGAACGGUAGCUGCCCCUGACCUCUUGGCCUGUGCUGUUCAGGAAGAAUGGCUAGACACUCCCAGCGAAGUAGACAGCAGAGUGGAGCUAGAAUUGCAGCCAGAACUCCUGUCCUUGGCCUUGGCGAUUAGCAAAGCAAAGGAAGACGAAAGCUCUCCUCUGGACACCUGGGACCCUAGAGAAGUCUGGCCUCCCUGCAAAAAACACCCUAGUGAGAUUGAUGGGUGUGAGGGCCAUGGCAGCGAACUGCUCAAGCCCUGGAAACAGCUGGAGGACAGGCAAGGAAGGCAAAGGCAAGGAGGGCUCCUCCAACCUCGGGAGGCCCCUGGACCGGAGGAGCAGGAAGGACAGGAAGUCGAAAUUCAGGAGGAAGGAACUCUGAGGGAGAGCAUUUGUUCUGAUGGGCUUCCCCGGGAGCAGGAAGAGGAGGGACAGGGGGUUAAUGGUAACAAGGGACGGGACCAAAACCAUAUAAUGCCUGAAGGACUAAGGGAAAGUGAGGGGCUCCGCGGGGAAUGGGAAGGUCUGGACCACAGGGGGUGGGGUCAAGAGGACAGAGGUAGGAGGGUGCAGGGACAGAGACGCCCAGGAGAGGAGGAGGAGGAGGGGCUGGACAGGGGAUUAAGGGAGGUGGAAGAGGGAAGGGUGGGUGCUCAGUGUGUGCAGAGUCAGAGGUUAGUAGUGAAAUCAGAGAGUGUAAGUGGGAAGCAGGAAGACCAUGAUGAAACAGGGAACGUGGUGCCAGUCGAGGACCAGGAGGAGGCUGUACCCUCAGGUGAGCGGGAGCGAGGGAAUGGGGAUAGGGGUGGGCAGGCAGCAGAGGAAGGGAGGAGAGCCCAAGAGGCCAAGCAUUGUCCGCCAGCGGCUCUAGAAGCUCCCGAGGUUCUCUCUUCAAGUACGUUGCUUCCAGGCAUCUCUCGCUCUGCGCCUGACCUCACUGGGGUUCAGGGGGAGCCUGUCCCCAAGGAACUGAUGCCACAGGUUCUGACUCCUGCGCCGGAGCCAAUAGAACGGUCUCACCAACCCUGCUCUCUACCUGACUCUUUUGCUACUGAAGAACCCCUGGAUGACAGGACUCCCAACAGCCAGCAAGGGGGAUUCAGGCUGAGCAAGGGGACAGUGUCCAUCCAGGGCUCAGAGGCUGUCUCAGCUCCCAAUUCAGCUCCUGCCAGUCCUGCUGAGAUCUUACCCAUCACUGCCACCUUGUCGCCUGUUACCUCUCCCAUUGUCCUUCGUGGGAAGGAUACCCUAGCAGCCUCCCUCUCACCUGACACACCGCCCCGCUGUGGGGCACUUGAGACCCCUCCGGUACCUGCAAGAACUGCCAAGGACCCACGUGCCUCCUUUGAUAAGGGCAACCCUCGUAGCCCUGUCACAAGCCACCCUGGAGCCACCCAACAUCUGAGAAGUAACUCCUUCCCGGGCUCCCACAGGCCAGAACAGAGUACGGACUCUGUGGGGAUGUCUUUUUCUUUCUCUCAUUGGGAGUUACCGCAGAGGCCCCCCAAACCUGCCGUCCGCGGCUCCCCGAUCCCAAGGAGAGACUGGAGGAGCAGGGACGGCAUCGUCUUUUCAGAGUCCUCUGCUGCUUUCCUUGCUGCGAGGCAUGACUCCGAAGAAUUGCCUUCCAAUCCAGACAGGCCCAGCAGCGGCCCUCGCGGUAGUGAGCUGUGGGACUCCCCACAGCACCCAGCCUUUGGCGUAGGCUCUCCUGUGGAUGUUCCCUCUCCACCCUCUGUCUCCAUGGAUACGAGGACACAUGAAGCUUUGCCCCCUCCUCCCCCGGAAAAGAGGUAUAGCUACAGUUCUGUAGUAGAGAGAGAUGGCCAUCGUCAUGCAGGAGCCCCAACACUGAAGCGAUACAGCCACCCUCCUCCGUGGGCCCUAAGUUCGGGGCUACAUGGAUCUCCUAAAGGCCCAUUUCCCCUCGUCCCUGAAUCCGUCGUGGCAGGGCAGCACCACCCCCUGCCAUCCACCCCAGAGAGCUCCCACCAUCCUCAGACCUCCAUCUCAAGGCUGAGAUACAACAAACCAUUGCCGCCAACUCCCGAUGUGCCUGAGCACAGUCCUUCCAUCUCUCCUUCUAGUGUACCAAGGAUGUACAGGCCCCUACCCCCAGUCCCUCCCUCUGAACCACCCCCAUUGCCCCCAAAAUCCAAGGCGAGAAGCAGGAGCAUCCAGGGGGGAGUUGUACAUUCAGGGGCUCAAGCCAAACCGAGACCCACUGGCCAAAACUGGACAGCCUCCACUCUCUCUGUUGGACGGACCUCCUGGCCCCCAGCCACGGGCAGAGCAACAGAAGCUUUGACUCCCUCCAGUAGGAGCAGUAGUGAAGUAUCCCCGGGCCUGGCUUUCAGCAACAUGACAAACCUUCUAAGUCCCUCCUCCCCUACCACUCCCUGGGUCCCGGAGCUUCAGAGACCUGCCAGUAAGGAUGGGUCGGGGCUCACCGAGGAGUCUGAGCCCCCAGUGAUGGGAUCGUUUAGAAGGUCAGCCCCUCGGGAUGGGUGUAAUGACACACGGAGGUCAGCUUUAGCACCGAGAAAGUCAGAGAGACUCACCCACCACCAACUGGAGAAGGCAUCCAGCUGGUCCCCUCGGCAGGACCCAGUGAGAACAGAGAGUACCGGUGACCAGGCUGUGGGCCAGGCGUCCAACAAGCACAAGAGCUGGAACCGGCAAGGCCUGCGGAGACCUUCUCUCUUGCCUGAGAGCUGUUCAGAUUUAAGAAGUCCGGGCAUGGGAAGACCUCCUGGCUCUUCGGAUCCUGUUGUUUUCCGGGAGAAGAAACCAAAGGAAGGGACUGGAGGCUUUUCAAGGCGUUGCUCCAAGCUCAUCAACUCCUCCCAGCUGCUUUAUCAGGAGUACAGCGACGUUGUUCUGAACAAGGAGAUCCAGAGCCAGCAGCGGCUGGACAGCCUGCCCGAGGCACCUGGACUCUCCUCCCCUCGGCAUCGCCGAAAGGCGACGGUGUCUUCGGACUCCUAUCUCCAGCGGCUCUCCAUGGCCCCGAGUGGCUCUCUCUGGCAGGAAAUCCCCAUGGUUCGCAACAGCACAGUGCUGCUCUCCAUGACCCACGAAGAUCAAAAACUGCAGGAGGCCAAAUUUGAGCUGAUUGUGUCAGAGGCAUCUUACCUUCGAAGUCUAAACGUAGCUGUGGACCAUUUCCAACAUUCAGUCCAACUCCGGGCUACACUGUCCACCCAGGACCACCAGUGGCUCUUCUCUCGUCUCCAGGAUGUGCGAGACGUCAGCACCAUGUUCCUUUCCGACCUAGAAGAAAACUUCGAGAACAACAUCUUCUCCUUCCAAGUGUGUGAUGUUGUCUUGAAUCAUGCCCCAGAAUUCCGCCGAGUCUACCUGCCUUAUGUCACCAACCAGACCUACCAGGAGCGCACCUUCCAAAGCCUCAUGAAUAGUAACAGCAGUUUCCGGGAGGUCUUGGAGAAGCUGGAGAGCGACCCCAUCUGCCAACGCCUGUCUCUCAAGUCGUUUCUGAUACUGCCUUUCCAGCGCAUCACCCGGCUGAAGUUGCUGCUUCAGAACAUUCUGAAGAGAACCCAGCCUGGCUCCUCAGAAGAGGCAGAAGCCACAAAGGCACACCAUGCCCUGGAGAAGUUGAUCCGAGACUGCAACAACAACGUGCAGAGGAUGCGGCGGACAGAGGAGCUCAUCUACCUGAGCCAGAAGAUUGAGUUCGAGUGCAAAAUUUUCCCACUCAUUUCCCAAUCUCGAUGGCUGGUGAAGAGUGGGGAGCUGAUGGCCCUUGAGUUCAGUGCCUCCCCAGGGCUGAGGAGGAAACUGACCACUCGUCCAGUCCACCUGCAUCUCUUCAAUGACUGUCUGUUGCUGUCCCGACCCCGAGAGGGCAGCCGGUUCCUGGUGUUUGACCACGCUCCUUUCUCCUCCAUUCGAGGGGAGAAGUGUGAAAUGAAGCUGCACGGACCUCACAAGAAUCUCUUUCGUCUGUUCCUGCUGCACAACACACAGGGCACCCAAGCUGAAUUCCUCUUCCGCACUGAGACUCAAAGUGAAAAACUUCGGUGGAUCUCAGCUUUGGCCAUGCCCAGAGAGGAGCUGGACCUACUUGAAUGCUAUGAAUCUCCACAAGUCCAGUGCCUCCGAGCCUACAAGCCCCGAGAGAAUGAUGAGUUGGCACUGGAGAAGGCGGAUGUUGUGAUGGUGACCCAGCAAAGCAGUGAUGGCUGGCUGGAGGGUGUGAAACUCUCAGAUGGGGAGCAAGGCUGGUUCCCUAUCCAACAAGUAGAGUUCAUUUCAAAUGCGGAGGUCCGUGCACAGAACCUCAAGGAGGCCCAUCGAGUCAAGACUGCCAAACUGCAGCUGGUAGAACAGCAAGUCUAACUGUUCUUGGUGAAGGAUCUUCCACAAACAAGCAUUCCUUGAGAUGCCUGACUCCUGAAACCUGCUGUAGAGGCAUCCUGUGGACCAGGAGUUUGGCCUUCUGAAAGCCCAAGGACUAGCUCAGUCCCUCGAUCCAGUACUUCUUUGCAUUGUGUGCUUGGUAGGGAAUAUUGAGCGACUUAACAAUGGGUUCUGGGAUCCUUUCUUCAUAGGAAAAGGGACUGUGGGGCCUAAGUGGAGGUGUGUGCUACCAGAUGGUAGGUGCUUGUACGUCAUCUGCUGCCCCAGUGCAGAUUCGGAGCUGGCUGGAUGUGAGGUUGCGGACAUGGUACCAGAUGGACCUCAGCCCACUGGAGAUCGGGCUUUGGUGGGGAUUAGCACACGAAGAGGGAGUUGAACCUGUUCAACCUAGGGUGUCUUCCGAUGCUGAGAUUCUCCUCAGUGCCUUGGCUGCCUCUGAGGUCUUUGUUUCCGGGUGGCAAUGUGAGGGUGGUGUUCCCUCACUCUAAUAAACUCGGCACUUCUCUGAGUGUUUUCAUUUCAGACCACUCAGCAUUCACUGAACAAGAUUCACAAUGCAGAAUUUCUUAGGAACCCCAGCCUGUUGGACAUCUCAUGAAAGACCAAACUGAUGCAGAAACAAAGUCAGCUAGUGGCUUCUUUGAGAAAGCCCUAGGGGCUUGAACAGCGGUGGCUCUGCUUGUGGCUGCGGAGCUUGUAGAAGGUAGUAGAGAGCAC